GCCUUUUAAAGAAAUUCAUUUUAGGGAGAGAGAAUUAAAACUUUACAUAUAUCCGUUGAGUAUCGAGAAACAAAUAGAGAUACACAAGCGCCCGAAUAAUCGAUCAAAUUCCAAUCAUUCGAAACAAACUAAGUAGUCUGAAACAUAAGUGAACUUAAUCGAUUGUCAAUUACUAGAGCAUCAAUGGCAUCUUUUGAACCAAUCAUUCGUAUGGAUGAAAAUGCAUUUAUUCGUCGAGAGAAGAUGCAACAACCUAAAAUGGGCAGGAAAGCUCUUACUGAUAUGACUAAUUCUAAGAAGCCGCUUGCAAAGGACAGGUCAUCAGUGAAGAACCUCAACAGUCUAAAGGCACCGGAAAAGGUGGUGCACCCUAAAAUUAGCAGGAAACCUCUUGGUGAUUUAACAAACUCGAAGCAGCCAUGUAUAAAUGAAAAACAAUCCAAGAAAAACUGUACUGAGAACGUUUCUACUGUCAAGAAAGAGAAACUCUAUAGUUUUGCUUCAGGGGAAGGUUUUCUGCAUAACCACAACGAGUGCAUCAAGGCAAAUCGUCAAUCAUUGAAUAUGAGCAUGGAUUAUUUUCUAGAAACGGUUGCACUCAAAAGGGAUCCUUUGGCUCUUCAGCUCAAUCAACUGCACAAGUCCUCAACAUUGGAGCUGGACACCUCCAUGAAAAUCCAGGAGAUGGAGUUUCUGGACAUCUCGGCUCCUCCAAGUCCUCCAACACCAAGGUUUGCUGGUUCUCCUUGUCGGGAUUUGGAUUUUAAGAAUUUGGAGCUUUCACCCUUGAGGCUUAAAGAUUCACCAGUUAGGGGUUAGUAGUAGCAGAAUACUAGCUUGUGUUAUCUCUCCUCUCUUUUGUAUGAAUCUGAUAUUUGAUGUAUUAGUAGUUUACUAGUGUCCUCAGAAGUAAUCUUUUACUGGUGUCUGUUGUCCUCAGAAUUGUUAAGACUUUCCUUAUCAAGUGAAGCAAACAUCUUAGUUUGAUACUAUCCAAAUAAGUCUGGAAAAAAUAUUAUGUUUGUAUGAGCUUACGUAAGGAUAUAAGCUUCACCAUUUCACAUGUUUGUAUAUUAUUAUCACAAACUAUUUGGUAGUACUAGCACAUAUUAAUCUUUGAAUCCUGUUAUCAGUUAAAAUACCAUGUUACUUGUG